AUAUGGGAUGGCAAAGUACAGGCGAUGGCAGCUUGAAAGGUUGGGCUGGUAGCAACGGAAAUCCUGGAGCAAACUCUCAUGGUUGGGUAUCAGAAAACGGCGGCAAAAGUGGCGGUGUAGCAGGAGUUAUUAAAGAUGCAGCCAAGGCUGCAGUAGAAUCAGCAGCUCAGAUGGCAAAGGCAGCAGCCAAAGCACUGGCAAACUGUUUCAAUCCUUUGUCUUAUGCGAUGGCAUGCCAAUUUGUCGUAGAUCCAAGAAUAACAUUAGCACAACAGCACACAGACAACCAUACAGAUAAAGCUACAGCAAUGAAGUCAAUGACCACGUGGUGUGUCGCGCCAUCAAACUAUUUUACCAAACUUCCACCAAGAUCUAGCUACAAAUGUGACAAGUGUCCGACGAUGCCCGCACCUGGUGGUUAUGGCUGUCCAAGUUUAACUGUUAUGAGGUAUAUAGAAAAAUUAGCAGCCAAUGGACCAGUGACGGUAAAUGAUUUUGCUGGUGGCUGCCAUGAUUGUAAUUCACCACAUUAUGCAGGAGAUGCAGUUGAUCUGAAAAAGGAUAUGCUCAGAACAAGUGAAUUCUGGGUAGAAUGCCAGAAAAUGGGAGGAUGGUUCUUUGACGAGGGAGACAGUCUUCAUUGUGAUUUCAGAGCAAAGAAAGGAAUCAGAUGAUUUUCAAUCUUGUCUUCCUUAUUUUUUAUGUUUUC